AUGGCGAAACUUGCCACUUCAAGUAAAGCCGGCUUCUGGCUUGGCCGACGGACACCGAUUCCACCGUACACGGCUGUUUGCCCAUCGGUAAGUGAAAAGCUGGCGGUCGGAAAUAUCUCUCCCACGGCUGCUGGUGGUCGCAACCGCGCCAACACGUUUGAUCGGCUCAGCCUUCAUCGAUCAAAUGGCGUGCGCGCACGAGAGCGCGGAACGGAAGAAGAAUGUGGUCAGCCAAAAGGGGGUCCAAGCCGCGUAGGAGAUCCGCCCGCGCAGUGUUUCAAUGUGGGUGUCACGACAGUUCGGGACCUUGCAAUCUCUCACCAAGCUUUCGCGAUCAAGACACGGCCAGUCUUGGUCUUGCCCUAUCUCUCUUCCUGGUCUCUCUCGCGCGCUCGGUGUCUGCCUUCCGGGUCCCUCCCCUGCCGUGUGCCAUCCAUCCACAGCAGCUCAUCGGCGCAUCGUCGCCAGCAAUAG